AAAAAUGAGGGCUUCUUUGGUUUGCGUGGAAAUUUAGUACUCCUUCGUUUUGUUACAAUUCAAAAUACUGUUUUUAUUAUUUCAUCUGUCUCAUUUCGUAUCUAUUUUUAUUAAAUAAGUAAUCAUACUCUAAUAUUUUAUAUGUAUAAUUACUUUAUACUCAAAGGGUAAAAAUAUCAAUUUUUUUAUUAUAUAUUUUUAUUAACUAAUAAAAUAUUAUAAUUUUUAAAUUUAUUACAAAAACUCUAAAGAGCUUAUUUAAUUUAAUUUGGGACUAAAGAAGUAUAUAUUUUACGUGUGUUUAUUUUUAUUUUUACAAAACAAUAUAUUUAUAAAUAAUACCAAAAAUAAUCUUAAAAUAAAGAUAAGCAAAGCCUAAAUUAUUACGCCGUAGGAGUUUAGGAGUGAACAAAAAUCCAAUCCGAUUCCUUACCACCUCAAAUUCCCUAAUAAUUCCCUUACCAUAAAGCAAGGUAGCCAGCCUUCCCUUUCUUUUUAUCAAUACCAAAACAACCUUUCUCUAAUGUUCAAUUUUACUAUUCUCAAAACAUGCCAAAAUUAUGGGUCGAAGUUUGCCUUGUCUCCGCACGAGGCCUUCGACCUUCAUCCCUCUUCAAACUCCAGUGGUUUGCGGUUACAUGGAUUGAUCCAUCUGACAAAUAUUGCACUACGAUCGACGAGUCGGGGGCGAUCGAUCCUGUCUGGAAAACGAGAUUUUCGACUAGUGUUCGGGUCCCCGACUCGGGGCUCGACCACUUGGGUCUCCAUGUUGAGGUUUAUAGUCGAGAACCAAUCUUUCUUAGGGAAAGAAUCCAUGGGAAGGCUAGUAUUGGCCUUAAGGAACUUUUCGAUGAGUGUGGGAAUGGCGAGACUCGAUUUUCUAGGCCGGUCGAGAAAUCGGGAAGCUUUCCGAUCAGAAGAGAGCAUGGAAUGGGCGAGACGAGGGGAUUUGUUGAUGUUUCGAUUAGAAUAUCGACUGAAAGGGAAGAACCUGAACACUCCAAAGAUAAUGCAAAGCAAGAAUCAUCGCCGGGAAAGUCGUACGGCAGCAGUGCCGAUCUGCCGGCGGCCGAAAAAUAUGGAAGCAACAAGCCGGGGAAAAUUGUGCUGACCUCCCGGCGGCGGGCCGUGGACGCCCUGGCCGCGCCGGCAGAACCUGGUGGCAACCAAUCCCAAAAAUUCGUCCUGAAUCCCCGAGAGGCGGUGGAGACCCUGUCGGAAAAUCCCGGCAGCAACCACAGCCGGAGCAUUCGCCUGAUUUCCCGACCGGCGGCGGUGCCCGACGAUCCCGGAAGUCACCGGCACCGGAACUUCAAUCUGAUUUCCCGACCGGCGGCGGAGGAACUAGAAAGGAGACAGGCUGUGGAAAUUGACCCUGAUUCCGUCACACACGGCGUCGCCGGAAAUCGCCAGCCACCGCCGGUUCGAAUGGCGGCGGCGGUUGGAUACAUACGGACAGAGUUUAGUGAAGAAGCAUUGGCGGCGGCCGCCUUCAUAUUCGGGGAUGAUUUCCUGCCAACGUCGGACUUUCGUGGAGGUUCAGGAAAUGCUGAUCACUACUGUACACUGUGCUAUCAAAAUGGAUUUUAACCAUAAAUAGAAAUGCAUAUAUUUAAUUAAUCGAGGACAAAUACACAAUUAUUAAA